GCCAGGGCGACGGCUGGAGAGUGGCGGCCGGGCCGGGUAGGCGCGGGUCCCAGCGGCAGAGCAGCAGAGAUUUUUGCUGUGAGAAUUAACAGUAACCUUUCAAUAUGGGGGAUAUUCUGGCUCACGAAUCCGAAUUACUUGGACUAGUGAAAGAGUAUCUAGAUUUUGCUGAAUUUGAAGACACCUUGAAAACAUUUUUGAAAGAAUGCCAAAUGAAGGGAAAACCAUUACCUAAGACAUCAGGUGGCUCUUUAAGGGUCUCCAAAUCAUUGACAAUCCAGAGGGACCUCCUUGCUGCGUUUGACAGCGGAGACCAGAAGGUGUUCUUCGAUCUGUGGGAAGAGCACAUCCCCAGUUCCAUCCGAGAUGGGGACUCCCUUGCCCAGAAGUUGGAAUUCUAUCUUCACAUCCAUUUUGCCAUCUAUCUUCUGAAACACUCCGUGCAGAGACCUGACAAAGAGGAACUGAGUGAGAGGAUUUCUUAUUUCAAAACCUACCUGGAGAGCAAAGGGGCAGCACUGAGCCAGACCACAGAGUUCCUCCCAUUCUAUGCUCUGCCUUUUGUUCCCAACCCGAUGGUGCACCCGUCAUUUAAAGAGCUCUUUCAGGAUUCUUGGACUCCAGAAUUGAAGUUGAAGUUGGAAAAGUUUCUAGCUUUAAUGUUUAAAGCCAGUAAUACGCCAAAGCUUUUGACAUUGUAUAAGGAGAAUGGACAGAGUCACAAAGAAACGUUGCAGCAGCUCCACCAGCAGCUGGUAGAAGCUGAGCGGAGGGCGAUGACGUACCUGAAACGGUACAACAAGACCCAGGUGGACUACCACACGCUCAUCGGCGUCACGGCGGAGCUGGUGGACUCCCUGGAGGCCACGGUCAGUGGCAAGAUGAUCACUCCCGAGUACCUGCAGAGCGUCUGCGUCCGCCUCUUCAGCAACCAGAUGCGGCAGAGCCUGGCGCACAGCGUGGACUUCACGAGGCCCGGGACGGCUUCAACCAUGUUAAGAGCCUCCUUGGCACCCAUGAAAUUGAAGGACGUCCCAUUGCUGCCCUCCUUGGAUUACGAGAAACUGAAGAAGGAUUUGGUUUUGGGGAGCGACCGCCUGAAAGCUUUCCUGCUGCAGGCUCUGCGCUGGCGCUUGACCACAUCCCACCCUGGAGAGCAGAGGGACACCGUUCUGCAAGCCUACAUCAGCAACGACCUCCUGGACUGCCACAGCCAGAGCCAGAGGACCGUGCUGCAGCUGCUGCACGGGAGGAGCGACGUAGUGCGUCAGUACAUGGCCAGGCUCAUCAAUGCCAUCGCAUCCCUGGCAGAAGGUCGCCUCUACCUCGCCCAGAGCACGGAGGUGCUGCGGAUGCUGGAGGAAAGGCUGAAGGAGGAAGACAAGGACAUCAUCGCCCGGGAGAAUGUGCUCGGGGCCUUGCAGAAGUUCAGCCUCAGGCGCCCGCUGCAGACGGCCAUGAUUCGGGACGGCCUUAUCUUCUGGCUGAUCCACCUUCUGAAGGAGCCCGACUGCCUGUCCGACUACACGCUGGAGUACUCGGUGGCGCUGCUCAUGAACCUCUGCCUCCGGAGCGCAGGGAAGCGCGUGUGUGCCACGAUGGCAGGCCUGGUGCUGAAAGUUCUCUCGGAUCUGCUCGGCCACGAAAACCACGAGAUACAGCCAUACGUGAAUGGAGCACUCUACAGCAUCCUCUCUAUCCCAUCCGUCCGGGAGGAAGCAAGAGCCAUGGGGAUGGAAGACAUCCUUCGCUGCUUCAUGAAAGAAGGCAACGCUGAGAUGACCCGCCAGAUCGAAUUCAUCAUCAAGCAGCUUAAUUCAGAAGAGCUCCCGGGUGGUGGUCUUGACUCUGAUGAUGAUGACGAUGAAGAUGAGGAGGAGGACCAUGACACCAUGGAAGCCGAUCUGGACAAAGACGAGCUGAUCCAGCCCCAGCUGGGCGAACUCUCAGGCGAGAAGCUACUGACCACCGAGUACUUGGGCAUCAUGACCAACACGGGGAAGCCGAGGCGGAGGGGGCUGGCCAGCGUGCAGCGGGGCGGCGACGAGCCCCUGCGCCGGCCUGUCACCCCCGGCGGCCACAGGAAUGGGUGCCCAGUGUGGGAAGACCAUCCGGUUUCUCCCCAGACAUCCCAACGUGCCGGAGACGGCUGCCAUCGGUCCCCGCGGAACACCCACCGUCCAGGCUGCGAGGGGGGCGAGCCCCGUGCUUCGGAACCUGGCGUCUCGACAUCAUGUGAGAAGCCUGGCAGCGUGCAGGGGCAGCUCAGGGCUGCUGAUUCCUAACACGCGUUUUUCAGAUGCCAGAAAAAAUAUAUAUGCGUUGCAUCAGAAA